GCCUGCGGGUCUAGAAAAGGUCCGGGGUUUCGGCUCCGCAUCCCCACGGAGGACGGAAGCGGCGAUCGUGGCACAGAUGGCCACUCCAUCAUCGCCAACUUCGGAGCCAGCACGGCAACAGUUCCCUCAAAAAAGUGCACGACAACAACAUGGAACGCCCAAACCUCCGGCAGCGAGAGAAAUGCUGCACCAGCAGCAAGAAAGCGACUUCAGCAACAAGAUCCGACACGGCAACGUCGUGCGCUCCAUCGGUUCGAUACCAGCCACACCUCCGGCUGAUUGGGAGAUGCUGCACCCGCAGCAGAACAACAACAACAUCCGGCACGGCAAGGUCGUGCGGGCCAUCGGUGCGAUACCAGCUACACCUCCGGCUGAUUGGAAAGUGCUGCACCAGCAGCAGAAGAACAACAACACCAGUGGGACCAUGCAUGGUUCACAGGAAGCUGCCAGUUGGACUCGAGCCGUAAGUCGAAUCUUAAUAAAACCACACUCUGACAAAAAAUGACCAGAAUAGUCGGGAGAUAGGAAUUAACAUCUUUAUAUUCAACAGUGCCCAGCCUGGCGGUCCUCUUGAUGGUGGGUG